AUGCCUCAACGCGCUCCGCGUCGUACCCAAUUUUCGAGUUGCGAUGCGUGUCGUCAAUCGCGUGUCGGAUGUGAUGCAAUCGCCGGCUCCGAUGAAGCAAGCGAGCCUAAUGGAACUUGCUCGCGCUGCAAGCGCCGGAACCAAAAAUGCACUUUCCACUGGUUGAACCAAGUCCGGUCUAGUCGCUCCAAAACCGCAGGGCGCCAGUCUCGCCGACAAAAUGUGCCCGUGUCUUCAAACGCCAACCCAGCCUCAGGGGAUGAUGCUAUCACCACCUUGGCUUCCGCUGAAACAGUGCGUAGCACACCAAUCAGCGAAACAACCUCGCCGACCGCCAGACCGGAUCCACUAGCAGAGCUAACUAUGCAAGAGAUGCUGGAUAUGCCCUCCUCACACUGGCCGCGCACAAUCUAUGAUAAUGCAUUUGAUUUAGUAUUUGGUUCAUGGAUGGGUAAAUUCGGAUGCCCUUUCUUACUGGAAGAAGCUGGCACAUCUGGAGAACAUGUCAGCAUCUUGCACAUAUGCAGCCGCCUUGAUGAGGCUAUGGCCGGCUCUGGCUCGAGCCACGCUGGCAACAUGGAGAAAGAAGGUGAAGCAAGGUGUCAGAUCGAGGAGGCGCUCGAUCACACUAUAACGGCCUUCGUUGCCCGAUGGCUACCACUAACAACAUAUGGCCAUCGAGAAGUAAAUUUCGAGUAUAGUCUUAUCGUUCAAACCUUCUGGAGAAGGGCUCGGAGGCAUAUGUUACGUCUAAUCAACAAGCCGUCAUAUCGUUCCAUGAUGGCCUUAUUCCUCUUCUCGGUGACCCCAAUCCCUGCAGGCAUAUCGGAAGAUGAAGAAAUGGACGGGUUAUCUGGACAAGUUUGUGUCCAUGCCGGAUUGCAACAGAUUCAGGCCUUACGCGCAAGCCAGAGAAGCCUUCAAUACAACGGAUCGAAGGACUACCCGUCACAGCAAAGCCGGACAACAAAUAGCUCUAUAGGCACUCUGACAUUUCUCACUUAUGAGUCUAUAGCAUACUGGGCAGCAUUGACAUUUGACGUUUCUUCAUCGCUAACGCUCAACUGUAGGCCGCUAUUAUCGUCUGGCCUCUUUGGUUAUGUAUCUGAGGUGCCUUGGAAGCUGAUUCAGACAGCCUCAAAACACUUCCAGGGUACCGAUGCUGGUCGCCAGGGUGAGACCGUGACUUUCAUAAACGAUGAAAGUGCCAACGAAAUAAUUGCAAAUGCAUCAGCAUGGAAACUCCUCACUUGGAAACUUACAUCGGUCUUCAAAGAGGCUAUUAGAGAGGGUCACGAUGAAGCUGAAGUUAUCAAGAUACAUGCCCGCUUCGUAGAUGCAACGAAACAUUUUGAGGAGAUUUACCAGCGGCCUUUGGAAGCGUGCCAGAGGCGAAUCCAAUUUGUCAAGCAAGAAACCAAGCUUCGAUGGUAUGCUCUGAUGCUUCACUAUAAUUUGUGUAUUUUGCUCUUGAUUGACGUCGUCAAAGCCUCGGAUCGGUUCGAUCUCUUGGACGAUAUGCAAAAAAUUAUCACAGAAGCAGAGGGCGCCGUUAUGAAUAUGCUCGAAUUUGGCCUCAAUAAUACCUUUACAAUUACAAUGGAGGCAAAAUCUACACAAAACGGUCGGAGCGGGUAUACCGAAGAAACUUGCCGCAUCGAGGCAUCCAUCAUAUCCAUCGACCCAUAUCCGCACCAUGUUGUUGCUAGUGUCCAUUUGCUGAAAAAGGCCAUUGGACGAGACCUAGCUCUCGGCAAAAUCUGCCAAGGCACCUACUCAAAUCUCCAAAAGAUUCUACAGAGAUCACUAGAAGAGCUUCCAAAGAACUCCAAGUCAGUUCAAAGCGCUGCAAAAAGAUUCAGACGGCUGGCGUCGGGCAACGCCGCUAUAGACCAGCAAGAUCCAUAUACGAAUUUCUGA